AUGGACGCCUGUUCUGAACUGUGUUUGUGUGUUAGAUAUGAAGGAGAAACCAAUGAAGGGCACUUCCACGGAGACGGCGUCGCUUUCUUUGAAGGAGGACAUCAUUACAAGGGUACAUUUUCCAAAGGACUGAUGGAGGGAUUUGGCGUCUUUACAAUGGCAAAUGGACUGAAAUAUGAGGUAAGGGGAGACAUGACUAAAAAAAAGGCCUUACCACACAAUGACCAAUGUCCUGAACGUGAAACGUGUCCACACAUGGUAGAAUCAGAGUGCCUCUUGGUAAUAAACGGCUCAAACCGACAGGGAGAAUUUGUGGGAAAUACAUCGAUGGGCCGGGGUACCUAUACCUGGCCACAUGGCAGCACCUAUGUAGGAGAAGUCCACAAUGGUAUUCGACACGGGAUGGGAACCUACAAGUGUGCCAAAACCAGCCUGUCCUAUACAGGGCAGUGGCACAGGGGCAGAUGGCACGGGCAGGGCAAUGCCUAUUAUAACAUGGAUGGGACUUCUUGGUACAAAGGGGACUGGGUGAUGAGCAGCAGGGAGGGACGGGGAGUGAGACGCUACCCAUCUGGUAACAUUUAUUCCGGCGAGUGGAAGAACAACGUGAGGCAUGGCGAGGGCACGAUGAGGUGGCUGAAAAUGAGGCAGCAGUACGUUGGGGGGUGGCAGGACGGAGUCCAGCAUGGUCGGGGCACACUCGUCUGGAUGCUGCUGCGGGCGGAUGGAUCCCAGUAUUCCCAGAGCAAUCGCUACGAGGGCGAUUUCUUUCACGGCCAAAGGCACGGAAAGGGGACUUUUUUCUAUGCUGGCGGUGCCAUCUACAAAGGAGAGUGGAGGAACAACAAAAAACACGGGCAGGGCAAAUUCACCUUUAAGGAUGGGCGGGUUUUUGAAGGGGAGUUUGUGGAGGAUCAGAUGAUGGAUGGAAGCAGAGCUCCUUCUCCGCUCGGUGGGUUUCCUUUGUCAGGCAGCGACUCGACUAUACUGGGACCGGACAUGGCUCUGAGCAUCGGGUGUCUUCUGGAGAGAAUCCCUGAGAACAGGCGGAACGUGGAGCGCAAACAGGUCAGCUCCCUGCCCUCCAAAGUGGAAAAGAUGUCAGCGGCAGGUCCCAACGCUCUGGCUCUGGCUAACGGUUCACAGGUAGAGUCCGUGGUGCUGCAGAACCACACGGAGCUGAGGUCCAUCUACAGUUUCUACAGCAGGCUGGGCCGGCCCCACUCCCCGGACAACACGUUCCGGCUGGCGCGCCUGAGCUUCUGGCGCCUGCUCAAAGACUGCAACGUCCACCGACUCGGCCUCACUCUGACACAGAUGGACCGUUUUAUUGGAGAGGAGGCUGAUGCGGCAGAGGUUUGCUCUCCUUUCACCCCGCUGCUGCUGCGCCAGCUGCUCAGCAGUCUGGUGAUCGUGGCCUACCACAUCUACAGCAAAGACAUGGCGUUUGAAAAUAAUCUUCUGGCUGCCUGCUUGUCCAAACUGAUAACGGAUUCCAUUCUACCAAAUGCGAAGACGGUUAAAGAUUUUCUGUUUAAGCACCCAGACUUUUCCGUGGAGGCUAUGAAGUACACAACGCGAUGCUGGGAAGUAUAUGAGACUUUCUGCAAGGCCAGCGCCGCUUGCAGAGACAAGACCAUGACCUGCCGACACCUGCUGUGGAUGUUCAAGGAUCUCCAUCUGCUGGACCACAUGCUGACCACAGCCAGACUACUGGAGAUCAUCACGGCUGAGAGUGGUGACCACAGCAACCUGUCAUCUCAUCUGGAGCUGGAGCUCACUUUCCUGGAGUUUUUCGAGGUGCUUGUUGGCUGCUCGGAGGUGAAACACCAGCAGGUUUCUGAUGUCACGGAGCAGGACCGGCCUCUGCUCGACAUCCCAGCCAAAAAAGAUCUGUCUGAGGUGGAGGUAAAUGACAAGAUGGCCCUCUGCACCAAAUAUGUGCUCUAUACGAAUGCCAAUCAGCUUUUACAGUUAGAAAAUCUGUCCAACAAAAUGCAUUUCUAG